AUGCAGAAGGUGGGAUUGUUGUUGGGCGGCUGUAUCCGGUCGUGGAAGUUGGUGCGAAUGGCCAGCUCCGGGAUGGCGCGCCGGGCCCCGCUCGCGAAUAAGGUGGCCCUAGUAACGGCCUCCACCGAUGGGAUCGGUUUCGCCAUCGCCAGGCGUCUGGCCCAAGACGGGGCCCACGUAGUGGUCAGCAGCCGGAAGCAGCAGAACGUGGACCGUGCUGUGGCAGCGCUACAGGGGGAGGGACUGAGUGUGACAGGCAUCGUGUGCCACGUGGGGAAGGCAGAACACCGGGAGCAGCUGGUCACCACGGCUGUGAAGCUUCACGGGGGCAUUGACAUCCUGGUCUCCAAUGCUGCUGUCAACCCUUUCUUUGGAAACCUACUGGAUGCCACCGAGGAGGUGUGGGACAAGAUUCUGGACAUCAAUGUGAAGUCUGCAGCCCUGCUGGUAAAGGCAGUGGUACCAGAGAUGGAGAAACGAGGAGGCGGCUCAGUGGUGAUUGUGGCCUCCAUAGCAGCCUACAGCCCAUUUCCAGCUCUGGGCCCUUACAAUGUUAGUAAAACAGCCUUGGUGGGCCUCACUAAGAACCUGGCCAUAGAGCUGGCCCAAAGGAACAUUAAGGUGAACUGCCUGGCGCCUGGACUGAUCAAGACAAACUUCAGCAAAGUGUUGUGGAUGGACGAGGCAAGAGAGGAGAGCAUAAAAGAAGCCAUGCGGAUAAGAAGGAUAGGCAAGCCGGAAGAAUGUGCAGGCAUCGUGUCUUUCCUGUGCUCUGAAGAUGCCAGCUACAUCACUGGGGAGACAGUGGUAGUGGGUGGAGGGGCCCCAUCCCACCUCUGAGUACCUGGAGAGAGCCCACCAAGGCAGAGAUUGGGCGCCAACUCCUAGUCUGGUUCCAGCAGUCAUCAAAGGCCUUUCCCACCUCUGCGUAUUCAUACUGCUCACCCCCUAAAAUCAGUGUUCUGCCCUGUGAAAAGAUCCAGCCUUCCCUGUGGUCAAGGUGUGAUCUUAUGAGAAUUCCUGCUGUUGCUCUAGCCUUGGAUAAGCACUUCCCCUGAGAACACAGGGCAGGCUUGCUGAGAAGGCUGAGUCUACCUUGGCAAAGACCAACUAAUUUUUUUGUGGGGGGAGGGGGGCAUCUGGGGAAUUUGAGGGAGAUGGGAAAGAAGGAACCUGGAGCUGAAGGAGCUGGGUUGGAAAUUAACAAUUUGGAAAUGAGGUGCUAAUAAAAUGCAGAUGAUCUUGUUGCUUUGAA